UGAAACUGUAUUUCUGACAUAUUUUCAAGAACUGUCAGAAACGUAUAGUCCGAAUUCUUUAUGGACUAAAUGGUCAAUGCUAAAAUCGAUGGUGACUAUACAUGAGAAACGAGAUAUCACUAAGUUCAAUGAACUACAGGCUUUUUUGAAACGGAAGAGUAAGAGUUAUAAGCCGAAAAAGUCUGCUGUUUUAUCUCCUAAAGAUGUUAUCAGAUUCCUAAAGGACGCUCCUAAUGAUAUUCAUUUAUUGCAUAAGGUUGUUUUGAUUAUGGGUUAUUUUGGAGGAUGCAGAAAUCAGGAACUUUUGAAUAUGAAGAUAUCGGAUAUAGAGGACCGGGAUUCCGUUAUGGUAGUGAACGUACCGGAAAGUAAAACUGGUGUAUCGAAGAAAUUUACAGUUGUGGAUGAAAAAGAGUUCUUUGCGUCCUAA